CCCGCGAGGACACCCUGCCGAGCCCCGGCCAGGAUGGAGGGCAGAUGGCAGCCUUCACACUGGGCCUGGUCCCUGCUGGCUAUGGCCCUAGUGACUGGGAGCACGUCGUCCACGGGGACCACGGACAACAGCCCGACGUCCAACAGCCUGGAGGUGGGCCCCGAUGCCACCGCCUACUGGUGGGGAGAGUGGACCAAGUGGACGGCAUGUUCCCGCAGCUGCGGGGCUGGGGUGACGUCCCAGGAGCGGCACUGCCUGCGGCAGAGGAAGACGUCCGUCACGGGCGCCGGGAACCGGACCUGCACGGGCACGUCCAAGAGGUACCAGCUAUGCAGAGUGCAGGAGUGUCCGCCGGACGGGAGGAGCUUCCGUGAGGAGCAGUGCAUCUCCUUCAACUCCCGCGUGUACAACGGGCGCACGCACCAGUGGAAGCCACUCUACCCGGACGACUACGUGCACAUCUCCAGCAAGCCGUGCGACCUGCACUGCACCACCGUGGACGGCCAGCGGCAGCUCAUGGUGCCCGCCCGCGACGGCACAUCCUGCAAGCUCGCCGACCUGCGAGGGGUCUGCGUGUCUGGAAAAUGUGAGCCCAUCGGCUGUGACGGGGUGCUCUUCUCCACCCACACGCUGGACAAGUGCGGCGUCUGCCAGGGCGACGGGAGCAGCUGCACCCACGUGACGGGCAACUACCGCAAAGGCAACGCCCACCUGGGUUACUCUCUGGUGACCCACAUCCCAGCUGGCGCCCGAGACAUCCAGAUUGUGGAGCGGAAGAAGUCUGCGGACGUGCUGGCUCUUGCAGAUGAAGCCGGCUACUUCUUCUUCAACGGCAACUUCAAGGUGGACAGCCCCAAGAACUUCAACAUCGCCGGCACCGUGGUCAAGUACCGGCGGCCCAUGGACGUGUACGAGACGGGCAUCGAGUACAUCGUGGCCCAGGGGCCCACCACCCAGGGCCUGAAUGUCAUGGUGUGGAACCAGAACGGCAAGAGCCCCUCCAUCACCUUCGAGUACACGCUGCUGCAGCCGCCGCAUGCCCACCGCCUCCAGCCCGUCUACUACAGCUUCUCGGACCCCGCCUCCGACAGCGUGGAGAGCCAGGAGCUGGAUGGGGCCGGGCUGGUGGGCUUCCUGCAGCACAACGCCUCCCUCUUCGGCCAGGCCUCUUUGGAGCGGCUGGGCCUGGACAACCGCCUGUUUGGCCACCGGGGCCCAGAGAUCGAGCUGGGUCUGAGCAGAGGCCAGGAGACCAACGAGGUGUGCGCGCAGGCCAGCGGCAGGGCCUGCGAGGGGCCCCCCAGGGGCAAGGGCUUCCGAGAUGGUAACGCCACCCGGACGGCUCUGGCGGGAGACCUGGAUGACCGAGAGGCCGACGCCCGUUUCACCUCCCAGGAGCUGCUCUCGGCCAAUGCCAUCUCCGACCAGCUGCUGGGUGCAGGCUCCGACUCCAGGGAGCUCCCCCUCAACGAGACCGUCAACAGCAUCUUUGCCCAGGGCGCCACGAGGGGCUCCCCGGCCGAGAGCCUCUACCUGGACUAUGAGGAGAGCGAGGGGGCCGGGGCUUACCUGCUCAACGGGUCCUACCUGGAGCUGAGCAGCGACAGGGUGGCCAACACCUCCUCCGAGGCCCCGUUCCCCAACGCCAGCGCCAGCCUCCCCGCCUUGGCCGGGAACCGGACCCAGAAGGCCAGGACCAGGCCCAAGUCCCGCAAGCAGGGCGUGAGCCCCGCGGACAUGUACCGGUGGAAGCUCUCGUCCCACGAGCCCUGCAGUUCCACCUGCACCACAGGGGUCAUGUCGACCUAUGCCAUGUGUGUCCGCUAUGACGGCAUUGAGGUGGACGACAGCUACUGCGACGCCCUGACGCGGCCCGAGCCCGUCCAGGAGUUCUGUGCAGGCAGGGAGUGCCAGCCCAGGUGGGAGACCAGCAGCUGGAGCGAGUGCUCACGCACCUGCGGUGAGGGCUACCAGUCGCGCAUCGUGCGCUGCUGGAAGAUGCUGUCGCCCGGCUUCGACAGCUCCGUGUACAGCGACCUGUGCGAGGCGGCGGAGGCCGUGCGGCCCGAGGAGCGCAAGACCUGCCGGAACCCGGCCUGCGGGCCGCAGUGGGAGAUGUCCGAGUGGUCUGAGUGCACGGCCAAGUGUGGGGAGCGCAGCGUGGUGACCCGGGACAUCCGCUGCUCGGAGGACGAGAAGCUGUGUGACCCCAGCACCAGGCCUGUGGGGGAGAAGGACUGCACAGGGCCCCCCUGCGACCGCCAGUGGACCGUCUCCGACUGGGGGCCGUGCAGCGGCAGCUGCGGGCAGGGCCGCAUGAUCAGACACGUGUACUGCAAGACCAGCGACGGACGGGUCGUGCCUGAGUCUCAGUGCCAGAUGGAGACCAAGCCGCUGGCCAUCCACCCCUGCGGGGACAAGAACUGCCCCGCCCACUGGCUGGCCCAGGACUGGGAGCGGUGCAACACGACCUGUGGCAGAGGCGUGAAGAAGAGGCUGGUCCUGUGCAUGGAGCUGGCCAACGGGAAGCCGCAGACACGCAGCGGCCCCGAGUGUGGCCUGGCCAAGAAGCCCCCCGAGGAGAGCACCUGCUUCGAGAGGCCCUGCUUCAAGUGGUACACCAGCCCCUGGUCUGAGUGCACCAAGACCUGCGGGGCAGGUGUGCGGAUGCGCGACGUGAAGUGCUACCAGGGCACCGACAUCGUCCGGGGCUGCGACCCGCUGGUGAAGCCUGUUGGCAGACAAGCCUGUGACCUGCAGGCUUGCCCCACGGAGCCCCCAGAUGACAGCUGCCAGGACCAGCCGGGCACCAACUGCGCCCUGGCCAUCAAGGUGAACCUCUGCGGCCACUGGUACUACAGCAAGGCCUGCUGCCGCUCCUGCAGGCCGCCGCACUCCUAGGCCCGGCGGCCGGCCCUCAGAGACCAAGCACCCCGUCCCUGGGGCCGCAGCAGCCCCUUCACGGACACCCUUCCUGCAGGGCGCCCAGCUGUGAAGACGUGACACUGAGCCCCUGCUCUCCCUGGGCAGGAGAGCCCCCCAUCCCCGGCGCGCCCGUCGGCACCCCCCACCCUGGGACAGAGCUGCGAGGAUGGCUCCCCGACCCCCCAGAGGCCCGGGAGCAUGCCGUCUCCCUGCGGGGCCGCAGGCCCAGGAGACAGGCAGGGGCCGCGGGGGCGCCCGGUGCCUCGGGCCCUGAGCGUCCCUGGUGACUCCCUGCGGGGCACUCGCAAUCUCACAACUUAGCAUCGCUCGCCUCCCGAUCGGAAGCUCUUGGCACGGAGGGACCCACCGCACUUUACGCCCGGGAGGGGCGUCUUUCUCACGGCCCGAGGCCGUGCUGUCGUCGGCAGUAAUCUCUGUAUGUUAAUAAAGUGCUUGUAU